GUAGUGAAUAUAUUAAAUAUUUUAGCUAUAGUUCCACCUUCAAUUAUCAAUGUUAGUUCACACUGGAGAAAGACCUUAGUUGUGGAGGGAACAUGCAAUCUCCUUGUUCAGUGUAACAAAAAUGGAUCAAAGCCUCUCUGAGUAGCCGUCUGUCCUCUUUGAAUCUCAUACAUCUAAACCUCCAUAGUGGGAAGAUUCCCCAUAUAUUUCAUUUAUGCAGGAAGUGUGUGUGGCUAUGUUGCACUUUCUAACUUGCCCAGUGCUCUUUCCAGAUUUAUGUCCCUGCCAGUUUCUGUGGCCAAGGCCCCUCCAUCUCUACCACAUGGCAGGUCCCCACAGUGUGCAUCAGUCACCACCAGAGCCAGCUCCAGGAAGCUGACAUCUAUUCUGGGACGUAUUGCAGCAAAUUAGGAGUAACCUGAGUCUUCGCGAGGUCCACAUUCCCUUCUCUCUGACCAGUUGGCAAAGACCUCACCCAGGUUUGGCCUAGAGGAAACCAAACGAGUUCUACCGGCAACUUGACAAGAACCUUGUCAGGCACGUUUGUCUCACUUGGUGCUUGUGAUACUUUCCUAGCUCCCAGGUCUCCCACCUGAGAACUGUCUACCAUGGGUUGCUUCGGUUUGUAAAAUAAGAAAAACCUUAUAGUUUAAGUUGUCUCUAAAUUUCGGGGUUCUAGUUACUAUGCAGUGGUUUAUAGUAGAUUUGGGCCCUGCACGCAUUACAAUUUUUGUCAGUAUGGCAGAAAAUGGCACCUCAGUUUUGGGCCAAUUCGUAUUGCUGCUCAUGGCCUCUUUAUGAUAGAGUUGUCGUUCUCAUUAAUGGCAUGGAUGCCUGGGUGACUAGCCUCCAGAUACCCGCAUAUGGCCCCUUAAAGAGGGGCAACCGACCCUCUGCCCUUGAGCAGGGGCCUUCCGUUCCCCAGAGGGCCUCGCAGUCAAGGAUGGCCUUCUCUCCCAGGGUCAGAUGGGGAAUCCCCUUACCUAGGCCUUGCGAUCUACAGUUCCCAGAACGCCCUGCGUUGACGACAGAGUCUCUGAGCCAGUGAAGGCUUUGAAAAGAGGCGCCCCGUGAUUGAGCACAAAGGGUCGGGGCGGGACUUCCGGCGUCGGGUCCUUGACCAAUAAUUGGGCGGCUUGCUUGUUUUGUCAGCUUGUGGGAGGUUCCGGAGGGAAGGGCAGGGAAGGGCAGGGUCGGGGAGGGGCGGUGUCUCCGCGAAAGCGGGCUUUAUCCCGGAUAAAGUCUAGGGGUCGGGGACUUCGCCGCCUGCGGGGACCGCCUGGAGACCUCGGUGUCUGCGACUGCCCGGGCCGCUCAGCUGUCAUCACUUCGCUCCGCCGAGAGGCUCCUAUGGCGUCGGCCGCGCCCAGGGACACAGCUGAGCAGGUGAAGCAGAACUGAGAGACCCACAUGUCACCGUCAAGGAGAUGAAGGGAUGAAUGCCAGGGAGCCUGAAUGUCGGGAGCCAGUACAGGAGGCCUACUAUAAGAGCUAGGGCCAGAAGGACCUGUCUCAGCUCAGAUGGCUUCUGGACCAGUAAGCUUUCCCCGGUAUUUUGAGGUAGGUGGAGCUAAGAAUGAUGUCCCCAAAGUGCCUGGAUUUUGCUCUUUCCUCUCCUGGGUCCUGUAACUCCUGCUAAAUUCCUUUAUUGCUACGAAUAGACUGUACCAAUAAAAAGGAAAAACUACUACCAAAAACAAUUCUUGGAUGUUGUUUUUCAGGAUUCUAGAAAGAUGUAUUAUCCCAGUACAUGCAUUCAUGUUGUUCUUCAUUAACACUAUGUAUUCUUAUGUCAUGGUCUACCAAGUGGCUCCAAAGUACUUUUGUCCAGACAUAAGUUGAAAACCCAACACAUGGGCGCCUGGGUGGCUCAGUGGGUUAAGGCUGCUGCCUACGGCUCAGGUCACAAUCUCAGGGUCCUGGGAUUGAGCCCUGCAUCGUGCUCUCUGCUCAGCAGGGAGCCUGCUUCCUCCUCUCUCUCUCUCUCCCCCUGCCUCUCUGCCUACUUGUGAUCUCUCUCUCUCUGUGUCAAAUAAAUAAAUAAAAUGUUUAAAAAAGAAAAAGAAAACUGGGGUUCUGGGGUGGAGCCCCACAUUGGAUUCCCUGCUUAGUGGGGAACUACAGAUACAUAAAGUUUUUUGAAACUUUAUGUCAAAUAAAUAAAUAAAAUCUUUUUUUUUUAUUUUUUUAUUUGUCAGAGAGAGGGAGAGAAACCGAGCACCGGCAGAGAGAAUGGCAGGCAGAGGCAGAGGGAGAAGCAGGCUCCCUGCCGAGCAAGGAGCCCGAUGUGGGACUCGAUCCCAGGACACUGAGAUCAUGACCUGAGCUGAAGGCCGCUGCUUAACCAACUGAGCCACCCAGGCAUCCCAAAAUCUUUUUUAAAAAGAUAAAUUCUAACUAACAAAGCAUAGCUGGAAGGGGGAGGGGAGGUUUCAUUUGGAGAAAAAAAGACCUGGGAAUACUCUUGAGUUGGAAGGGUACAUGUGGAAUUCAGAGAACUGAAGGGAGAUCGAUGCAUUUAUAGUACAAUGUGUGAUGAGGACCUGUGCCACUGAGGCACCCCUAAAAAUAAAAUCUUUUAAAAAGCCACACAGUUAUAAAUUAGCUUUUAAAAAAAUAUUUAAUGUAUUUAUUUGACAGGAUCACAAGUACGCAGAGAGGCAGGCAGAGAGAGAGAGAGAGAGAGAGAGAGAAGCAGGCUUCCUGCUGAGCAGACAACACAAUGCGAUGCGGGGCUUGACCCAGGACCCCGAGAUCAUGACCCCAGCUGAAGGCAGAGGCUUAACCCACUGAGCCACCAGGCGCCCCAUAAAUUAGCUUUUUAUAAAAUUUAGAGGAUUUAGUAUGGAGCUUCCAAUUUUACUUCCACUUCUGUUGAUUUUUGCUUCCAUCUGUCAAAAUCACUGAUGACACAGGUAAUGGAGAAGUUUUCUGCGGGAACCGGAAACGAUACCUGUUGUCCACCGGCAUCCCUUCAGGGCAGCCUAACAUACCUUCUCUUGCUCUUCUGUUCUGGCCCUGUAUGCAGUCUUUUUUCUUCUUCCUGACAAGCACAAUAGUACCAAAGUGAGUAAUGCUUCAGGCCAUGCACAUUUGAAGAACAACAACAUAAUGUUUCCAGCUGUGCGUGAACUCUUUUACGUCUGAACGACCUAUGGAAUGAGAUGUCAUUUGAUAGAGGAUUUCCGGACAUCUCAAAUAUUUUCAUCCCCAUGGCGCAGGCUGGGCUUUUUAGAGAGUUAAAAUAACGUCUGUCCGCCGCGUUUACCCACGAGCAAAGCGCCUCCCGCUCGGACGCUGGAGCACCACUAGCAUCCCGGGGUUGCCACCUGGACCGUCCUCUGGUCGAACGCUGUGAGCGCCCUUUGCGGCUACUACAUUUCCCAGAACGUCCUGCGAUGGGAGGCCGCAGUCAUGAGCCAAUGAGGGACUAAGGUUCGGGAACCUCGGGGCUGGGUCGUGGUGGCGCGACCAGAGGACGGGCGGGAGGAGGCGCUGUCCCGCCGCACAGACUUGGGUCCGCUGCUCAGCGACGCCACAGGGGACAGCUGGUCCCCUCCACCCACUGAGUCCGAUGGCGGCGGCCGCGCCCAGGGACCAGGCGCAGGGUGGCCUGACCUUUGAGGAUGUUGCCGUGUACUUCUCCCAGGAGGAAUGGCGUCUCCUUAAUGAGGCUCAGAGACGGCUGUACCGCGAUGUGAUGCUGGAGAACUUUACACUUCUGUCCUCACUGGGUUGCUCCUGUCGAGCAGAGGCUGCGGAGGCACCCUUUGAACAGAGCAUUUCUGUAGGUGUGUCACAGGCCAGGGCUCCGAAGGAACCUCGGUCUUCCCAGAAGACCCACCCCUGUGAGAUGUGUUCUUCAGUCUUGAGAGAGAUUUUCCACUUGAUUGGGCACCAGGGAAAACAGAACAACCAGAAACUCUUCAAGUAUGGGGCAUGUGUGAAACAAAUUUAUCCUAGUGCAAACCUUCAACAGCAUGAGAAGCAAGCCAUGGGAGAAAAACCCAUCAGAAGCAGUGUGGACAGGGCUUCACUUGUGAAAAGCAGCAAUUUCCAUGAUUCGGGAAAGCCCUUAAUGUAUAAGGAGGUUGAGAAGGACUUCCUAGCCACCUCAGAGCAUCAACAACAACAGACCACUCAUACUGGGGAGAAUAAAAUCACUGAGCAUGGGGUAGCUUCUCAGAGCAUGAAAAGUCAUCGCACCUGGGAAGAAUGUAAGAAAGCUGUUGGUCCCAAACACACACUUGUUCAGGACCAGGGUGUCCACACUGGAAGACAGUGUCUCAUGUGCCCUGAAUGUGGAAAAACAUUCAGGUACAAAUCCUCACUUACAAUUCAUCAGAGAGUCCAUACUUCUGACAGGCUUCAUGUGUGUCGUGACUGUGGAAAAUCCUUUAGGGGAAGCUCAACCCUCAGUCAGCAUCGAAGAAUUCAUGCUGGCCCAAGGCAGUGCAAAUGUAGCAAGUGUGGGAAAUCCUUUAGCCAAAAAUUUGUCCUCGUUCAUCCUCAGAGAAGUCAAACUGAUGAAAAUUGUUACGUGUGCCGUGUAUGCGCUCAGACUUUUAGCCAGAGCUCCAUCCUUACUCAACAACGUACGGUUCAUACUGGAGAAAUGAGUUAUGAGUGCACUGAAUGUGGGAAAUCUUUUAGACGAAAAUCUGAUCUCAUUGAACACUGGAGAGUACACACAGGAGAAAGGCCUUAUGAAUGUAGUGAAUGUGGAAAAUCUUUUACUUCUAGCUCUGCGCUCCGUUACCAUCAGAGAAUUCACACUGGAGAAAAACCUUAUAAAUGCAGUGAAUGUGGAAAGUCUUUUACCUCUAGCUCUGGCCUCCGUUAUCAUCAGAGAAUUCACACAGGAGAAAGACCAUAUGAGUGUAAUGAUUGUGGGAAAUCUUUUACCCAAAUAAAUCAUCUCAUUAUACACCGAAGAGUUCACACAGGAGAAAGGCCUUAUGAAUGCAGUGAAUGUGGGAAAUCUUUUAGCCACAAAUCUUACCUCUCUCAGCACCAGAGAGUUCACACGGGAGAAAGGCCUUAUGAAUGCAGUGAAUGUGGAAAAUCUUUUACCUCCGGCUCUGCCCUCUGUUAUCAUCAGAGAGUUCACACUGGAGAAAAACCUUAUGAGUGUAGCGAAUGUGGGAAAUCUUUUACCAAUGGACCGAUACUAAUUCGACACCGUAGAGUUCACACAGGAGAAAGGCCUUAUGAGUGCAGUGAAUGUGGGAAAUCCUUUACCCAAAGAAAUCACCUCAAUAUACACCAGAGAGUGCACACAGGAGAAAGGCCUUAUGAGUGCAGUGAGUGUGGAAAAUCCUUUACAUCUGGCUCUGCCCUCCGUUAUCAUCAGAAAGUGCACAUUGGAGAAAGGCCUUAUGAGUGCAGAGAAUGUGAGAAGUCUUUUACCUCUACCUCUGCCCUCCGUUGUCAUCAGAGAGUUCACACAGGAGAAAGGCCUUUUGACUGCAAUGAAUGUGGGAAAUCUUUUAGGGAUAGUUCCCAGCUGAGUCAACACCAGAGAGUUCACACUGGAGAAAAGCCUUAUGAAUGUAGUGAUUGUGGGAGAUCCUUUAGUCAGAAUUCAUACCUCUCUAAACACCGGAGAGUUCACACUGGAGAAAGGCCUUAUGAGUGCAGUGAGUGUGGGAAAUCUUUUACUUCUGUCUCUGCCCUUGGUUAUCAUCAGAGAGUUCACACUGGAGAAAGGCCUUAUGAGUGUAGUGAAUGUGGGAAAUCUUUUACCAAUAGCUCCAUACUGAUUCGACAUCGCAGAGUUCACACAGGUGAAAGGCCACACAAGUGCAGCGAAUGUGGGAAGUCCUUCACCCAAAGAAUUCACCUCAUUAUUCACCGGAGAGUUCACACAGGAGAAAGGCCUUUUGAGUGCAGUGAGUGUGGGAAAUCUUUUACCUCUCGUUCCACCCUACAUUAUCAUCAGAGAGUUCACACAGGAGAGAGGCCUUACGACUGCAGUGAAUGUGGGAAAUCUUUUAGCCGAAAAUCUAAUCUUUCUCAGCAUCGGAGAGUUCACACCGGCGAAAGGGCUUAGAUGGGUAGGAAAUGUAGUUUCCUUGUUCAGUGUAAUGAUACCAGAGGAAACCCUUUGUGAGGCACCAUUUGUCUGAAUUCAGUCUUCUACAUCCAAGUGCCAAUAGCAGAGAGAUUUCCCUUAAGUUUCAGUUAUGUGGAAGCACGUGUGCCUAUAUUGCAUUUUCUAAACUGCCCAGGGCUCUUUCCAGAAUUAUGUCGCUGCCAGUCUGUGGCCAAAGCUGUGUACUUCUACCACCUGGCAAGUCUCCACAACGUGCAUCAGUCAUCACCCCACUGUGCUCAGGGAAGCUGACCUCUGUUCUCAUUUGUUGGAGGAAAUUAGGAAUAACCUGAGUCCUUAGGGGGACCUUGACUUUUUUCUGACUAACUGGCAUGGACCCGACCCACGUAGUCCUGGAGAACACUGUACGAGUGUAGCUGACAGAAAAGGACCACCCUUUGCAGGGAUAUGGUCUCUUGAGAUCUUUGUGAUUAAUUUUUCCAGCUUCCAAGUCACUUAACUCAAGAACUGCUAGCCCCUCUUGCUUUGGCUUGUGCAAUAACAAGUCUUUGCUAUUUAAGUCAUCUUUGAUCUUGGCUGUUCUACUUACCAUGUAUAGUGGUUUAUAAACAUUUUGAAGUCUGCAAGCAUGAAGGGGUGGACAUCUUUCAUUGGGGUGGGUCUUGAACUUUCUGUACCUCAAGGGGACAGUAACAGUGGCAGAAAUAGCUUACCAGUUUUUGCCAAAUUUGUACUGCCCAUGGCCUCCUAGGAAACACUGCAGGGUUUUCUGGUCCUCAUUUGAGACACGAUGCUGUGAGUUUGGGGAGUCUCAGAGGUCACGCCGAGGAGGAUCAGGUGUGAGAACCUCACGUGCUUCUGGGAGCAGCAUGAAUUUUUUCCUUUGUUCACAGAGGAUAUCACGGGGGAUGUCAGCACUGUUGCGGGGAACCUCUUCCCCAGGUCCUGCAAAGAGCCAUGUGCCCUGACAUCCAGGUUUCUGUAGGUGAUGGUCAUUGGUUGUAUGGCUGUAAGGUUGAGGGGAAACUGAACUGCUGCAAUAACAUUGGCUUCAUAGGGAGGGGAGGAGGCCACAGCCAACCAGAUGGAGUGUGCCUCCUCUAAAAGCGUGCCCGCAAACACAUCUGUGCCAGGGACUGCAGAGCUGGAGUGCAUGCCAGUCCGUGGACCUCCAGGUGUAGUUACCUUGUGUAGCUUAUGUCAUGGUCAUUGGAAGUAAUGGAAAGGUUUUUUGGAUUCCUGUAACCUCUCAGCGAUGUUCACCUUAAGAUCAUUGCUGAUAGGCAGAAAACAGAUUGAGAAAAUGGAGAUCUGUAGUCCGGGGAUGUGGCUUUUGUGACCCAGCCAACAGUCCUUUAGACGCUGGUGGAAAGCCCUUCAUUGGUCACUACAUUUGCUCUCACUGAGCAAAACUGGCCUCCACGGAGCAAGAAUGUGCAGUGAAUGUAGGGUUGCAAAACCUGUUUUCCAAAAAGAGUUGGGCACAGAUUUUUUAUUUUGAAUCAUUUUUGAAAAGCUUUAUUAAGGUAUAAUUUACAUGUAAUAAACUGUAUAUACUGGAAAUGUAAGUUUUGACAUACUUAUGAACCUGGAACAUCACAGUCAUGAUAGUGAUCAUGUGUCAUUGCAUAUUUACCUCGUAUCUUCAUAAUCUCUCUACCUGCCUUCCCAGCCCUCCGAGUCAUCAUUGAUUUGCUUUCCAUUAUAAUAGAAAACUUAAUUUUCUAUAAUUUUAUAUAGUAGGAGUCAAAGUUUUUUUUCCUACUUUUAUGUUGCAUAAAGAAUUGUAGAUGCGGGGCGCCUGGGUGGCUCAGUGGGUUAAGCCUCUGCCUUCGGCUCAGGUCAUGAUCCCAGGGGCCUGGGAUCGAGUCCCGCAUGGGGCUCUCUGCUCAGCGGGGAGCCUGCUUCUCCUCAUCUCUCUCUCUGUCUGUCUCUCUGCCUAUUUGUGAUCUCUCUCUCUGUCAAAUAAAUAAAUAAAAUCUUUAAAAAAAAAAAAAGAAUUGUAGAUGCAUCAGUGAUAUAUAAGUAACUCGUUUCUUUGUUUUUGUUUUUUGGCUGAGAAAUAUUCUGAUCUUUGAAGAUAGCACUAUUAGUUUACCCAUUAGUUUAUAGACAUUUGGGUAUUUCUAAUUUUUGCCUAUGGAAAAUAAAGUUGAUACAAACAUUUGUGUGUAAUUAUAUUGAUACGUGUUUCACUUACCUUUAGUCAGUAACUCAGAGUGGAAAGUCUCAGUCUUAGGGUAAAUAAAUGUUCAACUUAAAGAAAUUAGCAAACUGUGAUCUAAAUUAUUACACCUUUUUGUAUUCUUGCCAGCAGUGUAUGAGAGUUGCAUUUCCUUCACAUCUUAGUGAAUGGUUUAGUUUGGUCAGUUUUUAAUUUUAACUCUUUAUAAGUGUGUAGUGCUGUUUAGUGUUUUAACUGAAUUUUGCUAAGGAGUCAUGAUGAGCCUUUUUUUCAGAUGUGCGUUUACUAUCUAUAUUUUUGCUAAAAUGUCUGUUCGUAUCUUCUGCCUAUUCUGUGAAUUUUCAUUCUCUUUUUAUAAAAGGAUGUGAAACAACAAAGAUGUAUGUUGGGAUUUCAUUCAUUUUGUGGCUUUUUUACUUUGUGGAAUCAUUUUUAAUACUGGAAGUAUAUGUUCUCAUUGUUUUCAGUUUUUUUAUGCUAUGCAUAAUGUAAUGGACACAUACACACUUUUAAUUUUAAUCUACAUUAUUGACGUCUUUGCUUUCUGAGGUCCAGACAUUUAAUAAUACAAUAAACCCUCACUUUGUAGUGUG